UUGCGCCUUUUCACUUGCAAAUGUAAUUAACGAUGACUUCACAAGGAAUCCUCGUAUUUCUUGUCUGUGUGUAUAUCGGUUUAUCAUAUGGUUUAGGGAUUGAUCGAUGCAACAUAGUAACUACCUAUAAUGUACAAAGAGUUGUUCUGCCAUCCAAUUGCACAGAAGGUACGAUAUAUUGGAACUAUCCAGAACGGACAUUGAAAGUGGUUGUUCCAGAAGAAAAUGGGAAGUUCACAUUUUGUGUGGGAUAUGUUCAUGAUCCAGUUGUAAAAAAGGCACGGAUAACUUCCCGUUCAGGAUCUAGGGAAAUCAAUCUUCCUAGUAAGAAAGACCAGUCAGAAUGCUUUGACUACAAUGGAGGUUUGUCCCUUACAUUUUUUGGACCAAGAGAUAAGGAGACAUUCAUGGCCUUAAUUCCAUAUACACAGUCAAAAGUAGAAACAGGGACAAAAACAAAGACUUAAUUAAAAAUCUGAGAUGAAAGCCAGAUUUUUUUGUGACACAUACCAGAAUUUUUUUUUUAUGCUAGAUCGCAAGUAUUAAUUCUUUGACGACCGUACUGUAUGGAAACUUGUAAAUAGAUUAUUGUUCGAAGAGAUCAGA